CUCCAUUGAAAAGUGCCUGCCAGUACUCGAGUGUGGGGAGGAUUAGGGAAAAACAAAGGAAAACGAAAUCAGUUAUAGGCUACAUUGACCUCUAUAGCGGCAACAUUUAAUACAAUAGUUAUAGCGAUACAACUGCAGUCACUUGCAUCCCGUAGGUGACAGUUAAGACAUAACAAGGAAGAGGAGGAAGGGCAAAGAGAAGACCGCACAUCUGGGAAGACAUUGAAAAGUAACUAAAGCUUACUUGGCCACAGGUAGCCCUCGCGCGUCAAAGAAUAUCAAAGUGCAGGACAUGCGGAUAUCUCCGGCCGGAGAUCGAUCUGUGUUUCAGUGCUAGUUCUUCGUAGGAAAAAGAUAACUUCCCUUCAGCGGACCAAGAGCAGGAGAAAAACAUGUCCCGAAGAAAGCAGAGCAAACCCCAGCAGAUCAAACGUUCUAUUGGGAACCUGGAGGGUGACGAGGACAACACACCUGAUGACGUCAGCCUAUCAGGUGAUGAGGGUGGAGCCUCGGACCCAGAGGACUCAACAGAAUGUGACAGCUCCAGUCCACCACCAUAUACCCCCCUGUACAAUGAAGAGCCAAGGACACAUGACUGCAUUGGUGCACCUGAUGAUGAGGAACAGAAAGGUCCAACUCACACUGAAGAAGAGGAGGAGGAGAUGAAAGACGGGCUACAUUGGAGAGGUCCAGAUGAUCUGGAGCUAAGUGAUGAUACUGCUGAUCCCAAGGUCCUGGCCCGCAGAGACCUCACCACUGACACACUAUGGGGACCAUACGCUGGGAUCGUCCAAUCAGAACAGGCUAAAGUUGACCAGGUGUCAGAGAUCUCCAGGCUGACUCUGGUGUGUGAGGACGCAGACUGCUGGCUUAGUAGACUCCCGCUAACCUCCGAUGCCACAGCUGCCAACUGUACCAUCUACAGUCAAGGUGAGGAGCUGUAUUGUAAGGUGACCCAGGACAUCUCCACAGGUGACUGUCUGUUGGCCACACUGUCUCUCUCCUCCAUGGAGCAGCUCUCCCCAUCUCAGACCCAGGAUGUAGUGGUGAAGGAGGAGCCUACAGGUGUCUACCCAGCUUCCCUCCACUCUGAGAUACAGCUCCUCCCCCAGCAGGCUGGGAUGGCAGCCAUCUUGGCCACGGCAAUUGUCAACAAGGACAUCUUCCCGUGUAAGGACUGUGGGAUCUGGUACCGCAGUGAGAGGAACCUCCAGGCCCACCUCAUGUACUACUGUGCCAGCCGGCAGAAGCAGCAGGCCUCCUCCUCCCCCCCACAGGACAAAGCCAAGGAGUCCUACCCCAAUGAACGUGUCUGCCCCUUCCCACAAUGCAACAAGAGCUGCCCCAGUGCCAGCUCCCUGGAGAUCCACAUGCGGACACACAGUGGUGAGCGUCCUUUCGUGUGUCUGAUCUGCCUGUCAGCCUUCACCACUAAAGCCAACUGUGAGCGUCACCUGAAAGUGCACACGGACACGCAGAAUGGAGUCUGUCACGGCUGUGGCUUCGUCUCCACCACGAGGGACAUCCUCUACAGCCACCUGGUCACCAGUCACAUGGUGUGUCAGCCCGGCUCAUGCAGUGAAGUGUACUCCCCCGGCCCCGGCCUGCCCAAACUGCCUCUGUCCACAGGUCUAAGUCCUGGAGACUCCGGUGUUGUGUUGAAGUGUCAGGUAUGUGGCCACAUCACAGACUCACCUGCCCAGCUCCAGCAGCACGUUCGCACACACCUGGAGGUAAGGGUCCCGGCCGAGAGGAGCCCCACACCCCGCCAGAGCACCCCCUCCUCAGCCGACCACCCUGAGCACCAUGACAGGGAGCCCCCCGCUUGCGUACCCCACCCUGACUCCUCCAGCCCUGGGGCCAAUGGGAGCUCAGCCACCCCGCGAGGCUGCAGCUCACCUGACCUGCUCCCCACAGACAUCAGGAUCAAAGAGGAGCCGCGUUCGGACUCUGAGAACGAAGGGCAGGAGAAGGAGAUGGAGGAGGAGGAGGAGCGGCAGGAGAAGAGCCGUGGACACAGAGGGACAGGCUCCUCUCAGACCUCCACCUCCCCUAGGAGUCCCUCUACUGUGGCCGUGAAGGCAGAGCCGACCAGCCCCACCCCUGGCUCCAGCCCUGCCCACCUGGGAGGAGCGGGCUCAGUGCUGCCUGGAGGAGCCGUGUUCUUACCCCAGUACAUGUUCAGCCCAGAGGCAGCCAUCCUGCCCCAGGCCUCAGAGAUCCUGGCUAAGAUGUCUGAGAUGGUCCACAGCCGGCUAAAGCAGGGUCAGGUCCCCCCUGGGGCAGCGCCAGCCUUCUACCCCGCUGGCACUACAACUACUGUCCAGAAGAGGGCCACCUGCUUCGAAUGUGACAUCAACUUCAACAACAUCAACAACUUCUAUGUUCACAAGAGGCUGUACUGCUCCAGCAGGCACCAGCAGGGAGACGUGGCUGGCCCGGUGGAGGGGGCGUUGGGGUCCAGAGUUCCCUCUGUUGGACACGGUUCAUCCCCACAGGCUGGAUCAGGUAGUCGGGCUGCCUCAGCCUCCCCCAGUGACUCAGACCCUGUUCCAGGCAGCACCACCAUGCAGGGCAAGCUGGUGGAGGUGAAAAGUGAGAACCCUGGGGUGAAGGAGGCUGUGUCCUCCUCUUCCUCUGAGGGGGAGGGUGUUGGAGGAGGAGGCCGGGCCAGCGAGGGCAGCCAGAGUCCCAGUGGCUCAGCAGAGGACCAGGAGGACGACCCCACCAAAACCUUCUGUCAGGCCUGCAACAUUCACUUUAGCCGCCAUGAGAACUACACAGUCCACAAACGCUUCUACUGCGCCUCGCGCCACGACCCAUCCAACCAGCGGUCAAACGCCGGCAAAGCUACCUUCCUGCCUCAGCCCAUCCGCACACGCAAGAGGAAGAAGAUGUAUGAGAUCCACAUGGCUCGGACUGAGGCCCUGGCCAACGCUGCUACUGCCUCUCUCUCUGCCCCUGGCCUGAGCCUGGCUGUGAAGCAGGAGGCUGCUGCCUUGGUGGGGAGGGCCCUGGAGGCCCCGGUCCCAGUCCUAGCCCUGGGCCUGCCUCCAGCCACCUCCCGUAGCACCAGCCCUGACAGAGAUGGCCCAAUUGACCUGAGCAAGAGGCCCCGUCUAAGGGAGGCCCCACGGGGCAGCAGCGUCCCUGCUCUGCCCCUCACUGACUACCACAAGUGCACCGCCUGCAGCAUUAGCUUCAACAGCAUUGAGAACUACCUGGCCCACAAGACCUACUACUGCCCAGCCACCACCCUGCAGCCCCACACUCUGGAGACGCUCCACAGGCUGAAGAGACCAGCAUCCAUCUCCCCCAAGAGCAGGGUCCUGGAGCGACCAGACCUCCACCCUGAGGCCAAAGGGCUGCCCACAGAGAAGGCUCCUCGGGGGGCCUCACCCAGCCCUCACCCCUCUGCCUUACCUGGCUCUGGCUCUGAGGCUACGUCACCUCACAGUGGCUCUGCAGCCAAAGGCCCAGGCUCUCCCUCUGUGGUCUGCCCCUACUGCCCUCCCAAUAGGGCGGUGACCUGUGACCUGAUGGAGCACUUCAGAUCCAUGCACGGCCUGGUCCUGAGCCUGGAGGGCCAGCCAGCCGUCAUCAGCUCCAGCCCCAGCCUGAGCCCUAGAGAUGGGACCCCUGCCACCCCGUCCAAGCUGGGCCUCCGAACCUGCAGGGACAGCAUCAACGGCCGGAUCAGAAAGGACACUGUCUCCCCCUCCUCUCCCCUGGUGAAUGGUAGCCCCCUGGGCCACCAUGCCGGGGGUGGCAGCUCCCCCAAGGCAGCAGCUCCAGCUGUGUCUCCCACCAGGUCCCUCCCCCUGACUGUGUCCCCUGUGCCUGAGGUCCUAAGGGAGGUGGGGGUUCUGAACCACCAGGUUGCUGUCACUCUGCUUCCAGACAAGGCAGCCCUCACCCUGGGUCUCCCACUCCCUGUUCCUGCCCCUCCCACACCCAAGACCCUCCUGAUCCCCCCUGUGCAGAACGGUAACACCCGCUUCUGCCGGCUGUGCAAUAUAAAGUUCAGCAGCCUGUCCACGUUCAUAGCCCACAAAAAGUACUACUGUUCCUCCCACAGCGCUGAGCACGUCAAGUGAACGGAGCCCCAGUCUGUGUCCCCUCCACGGCCCAGCCCCAGCUAUCCACUCUUGUCAGUGCCACCACGGCAUGGAACCAUUUCUGGACCGUCUGUGUUUGAAAGUGUGACUGUUACUCGCCAGCCACUGGGUCACUUCUUGCUCCCGGUAUUGUUACUAUGGUAACGUAUUUCUCCUUAUGGGUCAAAGUUUGUAUUACACUAAGAGCUGAGAUGCGCUACCUGCACACACGUGCCCACGUUCCCCUUCCCACCACCUCAAUAACUGAAACCCAGCCCUCUCCCUCCCCUCUCACCUCCAGGGUCCACAGAAUGUUGAAAAUGUGACUUUAAAGCCAACAUUUAAUCUCCUGAGCAAGUUUAAUUGAAUUGUUUACAUUACAGUCAUCUUUAUUUGAUUAUGAUUGUUUGGAGCAUUUCUUGCUCAUGAUGAAACUCUGGCUUUUCCUGAGCUGUUGAUGCUCUAGAUGAGUGGGGACAACAGGGCCCUCUAGUGGAGCUGACCAUCUCCACCGUUUCAUUUCUACUUACCUGUGUAGAGUGUAUGAUGUUUUAAAAUAAUUCUAUAUGCUUUUGUUUGAACACUGGCUGUUUUGCUAACUAGAAAGCUAAAGCAUUUUAGCUGAAUUACAGAAAUGGGUAUCACAUGGUUAGCCUACCAAUUACAGAUGAAAUAGAUUUGUUUUUCCUAAACCACAAUUAAAUGUUAUCUUAAUGGAAGGGAAAACGUGAAAUAUUUAUCUUUGAGUCCUCACUGAUUUAAUGUCAACAGAAAUCUACCUAGCGUCUGAAAAUAUUUGUAUUUUUUAUUUGUAUAUUUUUCAUACUGUUCGAAGGAACUGUUUCAAUCUUGGUGUGUAAAGGUGUUUUUGUAAGUGUAGAUAUGUAAUAUCUUUCACAGUAAUCACUGGGAUGAAACUGAACCUUAUUUUUCUUAUUGUCAGCAUUUCUUUCUCCUGUUCUUUAUUCAUCGGGAAAGGUUAGAAAAAUACAGUUUUCUUCCUGUAUUUGGUCAUUAGCUACAGUGGCUUGCGAAAGUAUUCUCCCCCCUUGGCAUUUUUCCUAUUGUGUUGCCUUACA